GGAUCAGAUUUGAACACCUAAACAUGGCGGAGAUGGUGUCGUCCGUUUUCCGUUUGAUUCUGUUGUUUUUUGUAAUCCAAAAUGCCUAUGGUUUCCCUACUAUGGGCAAUGGAGCAAACAGUCCAACCGCAUUUUAUUGUUUUGUUAUGCCGGAUAUGACGUGGCAAUGUAAAUGCCCGGAAGCAGCCAGAGUUUACGUAAUGUACCAGUAUCCAACGUUUGCUCUUGUGUGUAACGGGUAUAAUCAGCUCGAAUUUCUGACCCGAGCAGGACCAAACCGGGGCGAUGCAAUACCCUUAUCGCCGAUUAACACCUAUGGUUUUCAACAUAAACAUGCUGUCCAAAUCGCUCAUCCAUUGAACUCUUGGGCAGAUUCGGAUGGAUAUGAUAAAACGGACUCCACACCAACGUCAUCAUCUUCUUCUAGCACUCCGAAUACGACGCCGCCAACGCCCCUUGCAGAACCUUACGCUUCCGGUGUUGCUGAAACGUCCGAUAAUUCCGCAUCCUCUUCCGGUUAUCAUAGACAUUAUGUUGCUUCUUCGUUAGAAUCAAACAUUGAAAAGUCAUCGACGCCUCUUUGGAGUAGUUCAACAACAUCGACGACGGAGAAGCCAAAGCCAAAGAUACAACCAAUUCCGAAAAAAACUCCCAUAACAAAAGUUCCCAAUUACCCGGUUACGAAACCAGAGCUGAAAGAAGAGCCUCGAUCUGAUAGUAAUAGUGAACCAGACGAAAACGAGGAUAAGGGAUGUACGUACCUGGGAAGGCACCUGAAGAAAGGCCAGUCCUUUAAGCCGCCCUGGGGUUGCGCUCUGUAUUGUAACGGAAACAACAGUCUGUUCCGGAAGUGCUGAUGUUUUCCGGAAGUACUUAAAGCUUUGAAAUAGUUAUGAAAGGAAAGUAUAACCUUUGUGAAAAGGAUCAUUUGGUAAAUGAACAAAGUUGGAAUUUCUUAUUACUUACAUAGCAGUCAUGAAGCUUGCCUGCUUUGAAAACGAAAAAAAAAUAUUAGAAUCUGAGAUUUGGAUAAAUAUAAGUAUUUUUGCGUGUGAUAUGUUUAGAUGGAGUGUGAUGAAAAUAAAA